AUGCGCCCGACUCAGACUCUCCUCGGCGGCGGUGCCGACAUCCCGCUGGGCAAGCACAACCACUACCUCGGCGGCUGGGGUGCUUUCGGUGGCAUGCCCCAAAAGGGCAUCGUGACCUACGGCGUGGCCCCGAACCGCCAGAAGCCCCUCGCCGGCGCCAUGCACGACGCUAUCUUCAACACCUGGCGCCGCUUCAGCUCCCAGGUGCUCUACUUUGCUCCCCCCAUGAUUGCCGGCUACUACCUUAUGAACUGGGCAAUUGAGCGGAACCACUACCUCAACUCCAAGGCCGGCCGCGUCUGA